UAUGCAGACACGCUUAUCAGCCAGGAGAGCUGUGAGAAAAGCGAGCCACUCUUAAUAGCUGAAGACUCAGCUAUCGUUUUAGGCAAAUGUGACCCGACAAGUAAUCAGGUGAGAUUUAUUUCUCUGCCUCCUAAUUGUUAGCAUCUUGACACAAGUCUUUUAAGGAGAUGUUUUUUGAGCCUGUUAUGAAAACUGGUUUGGGGGGGGCAUAUAUUUACUUCAUAUAUAUUUAGAGAAAUAUAUGUGAGUUGUACUUUGCCUUUCAUGAGAUUACCAUCAUCUGUCAAAACGUUUUUGUGAAAGUCAUUUUUCAGCCCUGGAAUAUUUUCUUGUGAUUUCAAAGGGGCAAUUCAACUAUGUUGGUUUGGUUUGGAGUAAGUUGAAUUUUAGUAUUAUUUUUCUAUUAUCAGUCUAUGAGGCUAUCAAUUUAUUAUAUAUUUUUGAUACAAAUUGAUUUACAAACUUUUUAUUUCAAUUUCAAUUCUGCAGUGCCUCCACUGAUUUGUAGUUACAUUCCACCAUUAUUUAUUACUGCUAAUGUUCAAAUUUUGAUCCUGUUGAUUUAAUAACAUGCUUCCUCUAGCUCUCUUUCUCACCUGUCUACACACACACACACACACACACACACACACACACAAACUCAUACAUGUAAGCUUUUCUCUGAGCAAUUCUAUUUUGAUUCUUGGUGGCUGGUAAUAUGCUUAGAUCCUGUUGACUAUUUGAACUUUUUCUCAUUUCUUCAUCCUAUCAAAACAGACUUAUUGACUGGCUUUUAAAUACUGGAUUUUCUUGGGAGAUAAAAUUUAUAUCACAUUUUUUCUUAAGUUCUAGAUAUCUUUUCCAUUACUGCAGUGAAGUUACAGUGACUGUUCUGAGAAAAUAAUUGAAUUAUUGAAAUUUAUUCUUUUAUUUCCUUUUAUUUUAUUUUCCUUUUAUUCUUUUACUUUGGCGUCUGUGUUUGUAUGUAUGGAAGGUUUUUUAAUGUAGUAAAUCCACAUAUCAAAAUAACUUGAUUUUGAUUCAGUGCUUCUCAAAAAGCUGUUUUCAAAUGUGCUUAAGAUGUCUACAGAUUUAUUCAAAUAGAGUAGUUUGUGAAUAUAUAAGAUUGAAAGUAGGUAUUUGGACUUCAUGAGACUGAUUUAGCUAGUAUCAUUCUGGCUAUUUUUUGCUCAUUUUCAGUAUAUCUGGGAGUCAUAGAUUCCUUCUUUCUUUCUUUUAUAAGGUCAUUCUUAUGGCUAAUAGUACAUUCAGUUCUUGUAUUCAGACCAACUUGUUAUUGAAGCUUGAUAGUUGCCGGACGUACAUGUUAUCUGAAGCAAUGUCUAGCAAAGCCAAAUGAGGAAAUGAGACUUAUCCAGGGUUUUUGAUCACAGGAAUCAUUUCCAUAAUCAAUUCAGUCAACAUUCUCACAUCACUUAUAGAUAUUUGUCCCAAAUUACUUACAUAUUUAAUGUUCCCUUUCAAGUUUAUUUUUCUCAUUUAGGAAUUUACCUUAUGUCAUUAGUUGUAAACUGACUAUCUAGUGCUUGGACAAAAAUAAUUUCAAUUGUAGGAAAGGCAAGUCAUCCAACAGAUGCCUAAAUUGUCUUGAAGUCCAGAAAAAUGUUAGGGUAUUUUGAGCAUCUGGGGCAGGAUUUAUACUUAUGGAAUUCCAAACUGAGAAAAAUGAUGUAAGGUAUUGUACCUGGACUGGAAUUAGAUAAAUAAAAACAAUACGAGGCAUUUGGCUGGGAAAAGGAGAUUGUUCCAUAUUUUAAAACCUAAUAAUCUAAACUAGCUAGGAGCUUGCACCCAAGAUCUUGGAGAACAAAAAGGAAGGGUUGGCUUUGAAACAUGAUAUUAAGGUUGUUUUGAUUUGGAGGUAGUGAUAAAGUUCUGUUAAGGUAUAACAUAUAGUCCCAUUAAAUAGAGGAUAAAAAUAAAAUGCCCUCACAUUUCAUGUUAUUAAAUUCCUAUGGCAACCUACUAGGCUAUACCUUUAUAUUCUCUUUAUGAUAAAAGUGUAAAACACUUAAUAAUCCUCUUCAGAAACCUCUUUUAUAAGUAACAAGAAAGAUUUGGCUAUCUUUAUUCUGAAUCUGCCCUAUAUAGCUUUCAGCGCUCCUCCAGUUUUCUCUGAUAAAAUAGGAGGAAAAUUAUCUGCACAUCAGAUUGAAAAAACUACUGCGUAUCAUUUCAUAGUGGUCAAAAUUUUCCCAUGCUGCUUGGUGGGGAUGUUUUCCGCGUGGUUUUGGUUCUACAUCAGGAGACAAGACUUUGCCUAGUUCUUCCAAUAUAUGCAUUGCUUCUGGUUAGAAAAACUUUUAACUUUUCUUUACUGGGUUAAUGGCUGUUGUAUAGGAUCCUGUCUCUAAGGAAUCUUCUUUGGUAGUAAACACUGGAAAAUAAUCACAUCCAAAACUCAUAAAGUGUCUAGUUUCCUAUACAUUAGUCCAACACAUCUGUCUAAAUUCUGAAUCCUAUUGAAUUAGCAAAGGCUUCUGGCUGCAGUUUUCUAAAUAGACUCAGAGCGCCGCUGUUGGCCAAUGUGCUGCAAGAGCUGGAGCCUGGGAUCUACCAGGACGACAUUGUGCUUAGUCGCAGAAGCAAGUCGAAAGGCAAGUGGCCCAGACUUGGGCUUUCUGCUCCAGCAAAUCUGAUUCCAUAGGGAUUGGAAUGCCCUCAAACUGGAAUCAUUGAGUUUUCUGUUCGUGGAACUAAAUAUUUUAAAAGCAGUUUGCGAAACAUUUUCUCUUAACAUCGGAGACUGCAGCAACGCACGGGAAGGAUGGGAAACAGGGUGAAGCAGAGAACCGGGGCCCGGCAUUGGCAAGUACUCUUUCCUUUCCUGCUGCCUUUGUUCUGUGGGGCGCUCUCGGAGCAGAUGAGAUACUCUAUUCCAGAAGAAAUGGUCCAGGGCUCAGUGGUGGGGAACCUUGUUGAGGACAUGGAGCUGCACGUUCAGGAUUUAUUGGCCCGAAACCUUAGAGUUAGUGCAGAGAAACAAUACUUUACCGUGAACACUGAGAAUGGGAACAUACUUGUGAGUGACAGAAUAGAUCGAGAGUCACUCUGUCCUCAAAAUCCUCUGUGUGUCAUACCCUUAGAGAUUGUAGCAGAGAAUCCUCUAAAUGUUUUUCACAUAAAUGUGAUGAUAGAAGAUAUAAAUGAUAAUCCACCUCAUUUCCCCCAAAAUAGCAUUGUUUUACAAAUCAAUGAACUAGCAAUUCCAGGCACUCGGUUUGGCCUGGAAUCUGCUAUAGAUGCAGAUGUAGGGCAUCAUUCUCUCCAGAGUUACCAACUCAGCUCUAAUGAGCAUUUCUCUCUGACAAUGGAUAAGACUGAAGGCAAGAACGCUCCAGAAUUAGUGUUGGAGAAGCCCCUGGACCGGGAACAACAGAGCUUCCAUCUCCUGGUCCUGACAGCAAUGGAUGGGGGUGACCCAGUCCUAACUGGCACUGCUGCAAUUCAAAUUGAGGUCACUGAUGCCAACGAUAAUGCCCCAGUUUUUAGCCAGGAUGUGUACAAAGUCAGCCUUAGAGAGAAUGUGCCCCCAGGCACCUCUGUACUAAAGGUGACAGCCUCUGACCAGGAUGAGGGUAUCAAUGCAGAGAUCACUUACUCUUUCAAAUCCCUACGAGAUGAUAUUGGAAAUAUGUUUGUGCUAGACAAUCAAAAUGGAGAAAUUAAAUUAAAAGACUUUAUAGACUUUGAAAUUCGUAGCAGUUAUACCAUAAGCAUAGAAGCUAAGGACGGUGGAGGCAUGACCCGCGAAUGUAAAAUUAUACUAGAAAUCCUAGAUGAGAAUGACAAUGCCCCAGACGUGGUUUUUACUUCGGUGUCCAGUUCUGUAACUGAAGAUGCAGAACCCGGGACCGCGAUCGCUCUGUUCAAAACACAUGAUAAAGAUUCAGCGGAAAAUAGAGAGGUCACAUGCAUCAUAAACGAAAGAGUUCCUUUUAGAAUCGAAUCUUCUGCCAAUAAUUACUAUAAGCUUGUAACAGAUGGUACUCUGGAUCCGGAGCGGACCCCGGAGUACAAUGUCACCAUCACUGCCACCGACAGGGGCAAGCCUCCGCUCUCAUCCAGCACAAGCGUCACCCUACGCAUUGGUGAUGUCAACGACAACGCUCCGGUUUUCCACCAGGCCUCUUACAUGGUCCACGUGGCAGAAAACAACCCUCCCGGAGCCUCCAUCGCACAAGUCAGCGCCUCUGACCUGGACCUAGGGCUGAAUGGCCAAGUCUCCUACUCCAUUGUUGCCAGUGACUUGGAGCUGCGGACACUGUUGUCCUACGUGUCCGUGAGCGCACAAAGCGGGGUGGUGUUCGCGCAGCGUUCCUUCGACUACGAGCAGCUGCGCGCCUUCGAACUCACGCUGCAGGCCCGCGACCACGGCUCGCCCGUGCUCAGCGCCAACGUGAGCCUGCGCGUGUUGGUGGGCGACCUCAAUGACAAUGCGCCACGGGUGCUGUACCCAGCGCUGGCGCCCGAUGGCUCCGCACUCUUCGAUAUGGUGCCAGAGUCCGGCUACCUGGUGACCAAGGGGGUGGCGGUGGACGCAGAUUCGGGACACAACGCUUGGCUGUCCUACCACGUGCUGCAGGCCAGCGAGCCUGGGCUCUUCAGCACGGGCGAGGUGCGCACGGCACGUGCCUUGGGAGACAGGGACUCCGCCCGACAGCGCCUGCUGGUUGCUGUGAGUGACGGAGGACAGCUGCCACUCUCCGCCACGGCCACGCUUCAUUUGGUCUUCACAGACAGCCUGCAGGAGGCACUGCCAGACUUCAGUGACAGUCCUGUGCCCUCUAUCCCAGAGCUGCAGAUUCACUUGGUGGUGGCCUUGGCCUUGAUUUCUGUGCUCUUCUUCCUAGCGGUGAUUCUGGCGGUCGCUCUGCACCUGCGAUGCUCCUCCGGCCCCUCUGCCUGUGGUUGCUUUCAGCCUGGUCUCUGUUCUAAGACUAGACCAGGGGUUUCUCUCAACUACAAUGAGGGAAGUUUGCCUUAUUCCUACAAUCUGUAUGUUGCCUCGGAUUCUCAAAAAACAAGAUAUAAUUUUCUCACUAUGACGCCAGAAAUGGUCCCCCCACAAGAUAUUUCUAAUGAAGCUUCUCUAGUAGCAAAUGUCACUGAAGAGAAUAACAAGAUAAGCUCUAACUCUGUCGCUCCUACUCACGUGAGUUCCAAUGAAUGUUUUUCAUUUACAAAUGAGUGUGGUUUAAUUUUCAAACCAAUAUUUUGACAAGAAAAUCUUAAACAUAUUAUAUCUACUAUUGCCUCAGGUUUGUUUGUCUACUCUUAAUAUGCCCAGUUCCUUUCUCUGUGGGCCAGUAACUUCAUUAUUAGCUUUAAUGUAUUUUUGAAACAUUUUAACCAUUUUUACCUGAGACAUUCUUUAUACACACA